AUUGCACUUGAACUAAAACCCUAAAGCCUUCAUCGUUCAUAUAUAAGCCGACUGAUGCCUAAACCCCUUUCUUCUCUUUCCCCAAUAGAGCUCUCCUUUGAGCUCUCCAGGCCGCGCCUCCCCGUCUCUCCUAAAGAUAAGUAAAGAUGGUGCAGUAUAAUUUCAAGAGGAUGACUGUUGUUCCCAGUGGGAAGGACUUCAUUGAUAUUAUCUUGUCACGUACCCAGCGGCAGACACCAACAGUUGUCCACAAGGGUUAUGCCAUCAAUCGCCUGCGUCAGUUUUAUAUGCGCAAGGUCAAGUAUACCCAGACAAAUUUUCAUGAGAAGCUCUCUACAAUCAUUGAUGAGUUUCCUAGGUUGGAUGACAUCCACCCUUUCUACGGCGAUCUUCUGCAUGUUCUCUACAACAAGGACCAUUACAAGCUCGCUCUUGGUCAGAUCAACACUGCGAGGAACCUUAUCUCCAAGAUUGCUAAAGAUUAUGUCAAGUUGUUAAAGUAUGGUGAUUCACUUUACCGAUGCAAGAGUCUCAAGGUCGCUGCUCUUGGCCGUAUGUGCACGGUUAUAAAGAGGAUUGGCCCUAGUUUAGCUUAUCUAGAGCAAAUUAGGCAACACAUGGCAAGGCUUCCUUCAAUUGACCCAAACACCCGCACAAUAUUGAUCUGCGGCUAUCCCAAUGUUGGUAAGAGUUCUUUCAUCAACAAGAUCACCAGGGCUGAUGUUGAUGUACAACCAUAUGCUUUUACCACAAAGUCACUCUUUGUGGGGCAUACGGAUUAUAAGUACUUGAGGUACCAGGUUAUUGAUACACCUGGAAUUUUGGACCGACCAUUUGAAGACCGUAACAUUAUUGAGAUGUGCAGCAUCACAGCAUUGGCACAUUUGAGAGCUGCUGUAUUGUUCUUCUUGGACAUCUCUGGGUCAUGUGGUUACACCAUUGCCCAACAAGCAGCCCUUUUCCACAGCAUCAAGUCUUUAUUCAUGAACAAACCAUUGAUUAUAGUCUGCAACAAGACCGAUUUGCAGCCAUUGCAGGGUAUAUCCGAGGAAGACAUGAAGUUGGUCACAGAGAUGAAAUCUGAAGCAAUGAAGACGGUAGGAAGUGAGGUCACAAUUGAUGAUGGGGUACUUUUGACCAUGAGCACUUUGACCGAGGAGGGUGUUAUUUCUGUAAAGAAUGCAGCUUGUGAGAGGUUAUUGAAUCAGAGAGUUGAGCUGAAGAUGAAAUCUAAAAAGAUCAAUGAUUGUUUAAAUCGAUUUCAUGUUGCAAUGCCAAAGCCGCGUGACCAAAAGGAGAGGCCUGUAUGUAUACCUCAGGCCAUUUUAGACGCCAGGGCUAAGCAAGCAGCUGAGAAGGAAAAGAGAACUACUGAAAAGGAUUUGGAGAAUGAAAAUGGCGGUGCAGGUGUAUACUCGGCCAGCUUGAAGAAGAAUUAUAUCCUAGCUCAUGAUGAGUGGAAAGAGGAUAUCAUGCCUGAAAUUCUUGACGGGCACAAUGUGUUUGACUUUGUUGAUCCCGAUAUCUUAGUUAGGCUUGAGGAGUUAGAGCGGGAAGAAGGAAUCAGGCUGGCAGAGGCGGAUGAUGAUAAUGUUGAGAUGGGUGGAGCGGAGUUGACUCCAGAAGAGAAGAAGACAUUGGCUCAAAUAAGGAAAAAGAAAAGCUUGCUCAUUCAACAACAUAGAAUCAAGAAAAGUACAGCUGAGAGUCGACCUAAAGUACCUAGGAUAUUUGACAAGGACAGAGAGUUCACAUUAAAGAGAAUGGGAAGGCAGCUGUCAGAGUUGGGAAUUGAUCCUACCAGGGCGAUUAACCGAGCCCGCAGCAGAUCUGUCUCUGUGAGGGGUCGAAAGAGAGAGAGGUCAGUUGACAAGGGUGAUGCCGAAGGUGACAGCAUGGAUAUGGAUGUGGAUACACCCAGCAAGAAGCUGCGCGCUAUGUCUAGGCCACGUUCAAGGUCAAGAUCAAGGGCACCUAUUGAUGUUGUCCCUGGUGAUGGCUUCAGGGACUCGGAACAGAAGUCUAAAGCACUAGACAAGGCCCGCAAAUCUGUGAGGGACAGAAACAAGAAUGCCAGUAAAGGAGAGGGAGAUAGAACUAUUCCCAAUUUGAAACCAAAGCAUUUGUAUUCUGGAAAACGCUCAAAUGGAAAGACCCAAAGGCGCUAAGUAUCUCAGGAAUCUUUUGCAAAGAAUGUGGACUUGUGCUUUUUGGAAAAGAGUUUUCUUGUCUCAUUUCCAGUUCGGUAGACUACAGAAUGAGAGGGAAUGAGAGUGCGAGAUGAUGUCAACAGAAUUAUCAUUUUCCUUUUAUAUUUUAUUGUCUUAUUACCUGUGCAAUUUUUUAUUGGAGAUAUGCUCUAAUGAUAUUACUACUAGUGUUUUUCUACUCUUUGAAUGUGAACUUUGGAUCACAUUUUUUAUAAUUUUGAAGAAUUUGUUUCUUUUUAUCAGAGAUAUUUCGAUAUAUCUGUAGUCUUCAGAUUAUACAAUCGCAAAGUUUUGGGGUA